CCAUCAUCUUACCGCCUCUUUGCUUGUUGUUGUAGCGCGUCCUAUCCCCAUCUGCACAAGCAAUCUCGUUCCUUCAAUUCAAGUACUCUUUCUCUCCGCCCAGCCUGUCCUUUACCCUUGUCUGACAAGAAAGCCCGAUGCACCACCUGGCUUCUUGAUUACUUGGGGAUUGCUCGACACUAUCUCCGCAUCGGUCCUUUCUCCGUUCAGGAUGAGACUCCCCUCAGCGUUUCACCUCUCCCUGGCUCUUGGGCUCACGUUGUCUGCAUCUGCUGUUGCGGCGCGGAGCAACUACUCCGAAGCCGAGCUAAUCCCUCCACUUUUCUCCACCUUCAGCGAUCGCCCAGAUGGAUGCCCGCCUUGCUUCAACUGUCAGCUAGAUGCCUUCCAAUGCGCUCAAUUCGCAUCUUGCGAUAAGUUCACAGGAAAAUGUGUCUGUCCACCCGGUUUCGGAGGUGAUGAUUGUGCACAGCCGCUGUGUGGAUCGCUGGCCGACGGUCACCAGAGGUCUCCGCCGAAAGAUGGGCAGUGCGCUUGCAAGGAUGGCUGGGAAGGCUUGAACUGCAACGUCUGUCAGACGGACGAUGCUUGUAAUGCAAUGAUGCCGGAAGGGGAAGGCGGCGUUUGCUACAAGCAGGGUGUUACUGUCAAGGAGAACUUCCAGAUGUGCGAUGUGACAAACCGCAAGAUUCUGGACCAACUGAAGGAGCGCAAGCCUCAAGUCACAUUUUCAUGCGAGGCGGAAGAUAACACGUGCAACUUUCAGUUUUGGGUGGGCAAGGUAGAGUCAUUCUACUGUGGCUUGGAUACGUGUCAAUGGGGCCUGGAGACGACUCACAACCAGAACAAGACUCACUACACGUGCGAGAAUAUCCACUGCGAGUGUAUCCCUGGACGAAUGCUUUGUGGCGAGGAGGGCUCCAUUGACAUCGGCGAUUUCCUCAGAGAAUCAAUCGCAGGUCCGGCAUCGUUCUCGUCCGUGUCGACUGUGGGUGGUAGCCCCGACGAUGGAAGCAAGUUUCAGGAACCAGCGAUGGAUGACUUGAUCAAGGCAGUGUUCGGAGACAAAAGUAUCACGCUGAAUUGCAAUGCGGGAGAGUGUUUGUAUAGGACAGACGUCCCUGGAUACACUCGUCCUGUCAAGCAGAUCAACACCCCUCUUAUUGCUGGAGUCAUUGCUGGAUGCGCUCUGUUUGUCGUGGCUGUGAUAUUAGCCGUAUGGUACCUCUCGCGCAGAUCAUACGGCCGCAUCCAACUGCCUCUCUCCGACGAUUCAGAUGAUGAAGCGGCUAAACUCUUGGCCGAGCACAAGCCGGCAGCUAUGUACUGGGACAAUGUCUCGUACUACCUCAACGGCAAGGAAAUCCUCAGCGGCAUCCAAGGCGCUUCCCAACCGGGUCAGAUCACGGCUAUCAUGGGUGCUUCAGGCGCAGGGAAGACUACCUUCCUUGACAUUCUCGCUCGAAAGAACAAGAGAGGUACAGUCCGUGGUGACUUCUACAUCAACGGGGAAAAGAUCAGCGACCAUGACUUCAAGUCGAUGAUUGGCUUUGUCGAUCAAGAGGAUACUAUGCUUCCCACUUUGACUGUACACGAGACUAUUUUGACUAGUGCGUUGCUCCGCCUCCCUCGGGAUAUGAGCCGAGCUGCAAAGGAACAGCGAGUAUUUGAGGUCGAGAAGCAGCUUGGGAUUUCACAUAUCAAAGAUCAAUUGAUUGGCUCCGAGGAAGGCAAAGGCCGAGGUAUCUCGGGCGGUGAAAAGCGACGAGUGGGUAUCGCUUGCGAACUUGUCACCAGCCCCAGUAUACUUUUCUUGGAUGAGCCUACUAGUGGAUUAGACGCAUACAAUGCAUUUAAUGUCGUGGAAUGCCUCGUCACUCUGGCAAAAACAUACAACCGGACGGUCAUUUUCACCAUUCAUCAACCCAGAUCUAAUAUUGUGGCUCUCUUCGAUCGCCUUAUUCUCUUGGCUAAAGGAAAUACCGUCUACUCUGGACCAUUCUCGACAUGUCAACAGUACUUCGAUCAGGCGGGAUACUCUUGCCCUCCGGGUUUCAAUAUUGCUGACUAUCUGGUUGACCUUACGAUGCAUGCCAGUGUCACUCGCUCUUACAGUGACGAGGUCGAGUCUCCCUUACUCGGAACACGUAUGGAUCCCCCGAAGACGGCCUCGAGCAGUUUGAGAGCGGUCAAAUCUGUCGCUAGCGCAUCGAAUGUGAGCUUGGAGGAUAAUUCCAGUAGCACCUUGGAAGCGAAUCGACGGCCCAAGAGUAAACGGCGGGUUUCUCUCAAACAAAGACAGGAUAGACAACUCUACUCACGGAAGAAAGAUCCCGAGGCUCCGUCCACCCCAAAGACAGAUGAAGAAGAUGUUCAAUUGGACGAUGUAGCAGAGAACACCCAGCAAUGGCUACGACUAUCUCGCCAGCCCGCCCUCAUCCCGAAUCAGACUCCUGAAGACCCGGAUCAGUUCCCACCCGUCGCUCCGGGCCAAACAGAUCUUGACAUCCUGGUCGCCAAUUACUCCUCGUCAGAUAUUGCUCGUUCUGUGCAUGAUGAGAUUGUGGCUGCCAUUCAGAACGCUCGGGCGGCUAACGGAUUCGCCAACCCGGAAGCCUUGUCUGCUCCCCACGCUGGAACCAACAAAGGCUAUGCUCGCAUUGGUCUCUUCCGUCAGUUCCUGAUUCUAUCGCAGCGCACCUGGCGAAACCUGUACCGAAACCCGAUGUUGAUGCUUACGCAUUACGCAAUAUCUAUCCUGCUUGCCGUCCUGUGUGGCUACCUCUUCUAUGGACUGACCGACGAUAUUAAGGGCUUUCAGAAUCGCCUGGGUCUCUUUUUCUUCAUCCUAGCCCUCUUCGGCUUCAGUACUCUUACCAGUCUGACGGUUUUCUCAUCAGAAAGACUUCUUUUCGUGCGUGAGAGGGCCAAUGGCUAUUACCACCCGAUCACCUACUUUGCUGCGAAGGUGGUGUUUGACAUCGUACCUCUGCGGCUUCUUCCACCAAUCAUCAUGGGAAUAAUCGUGUAUCCAAUGACCGGCUUGAUCCCGGCCUGGGGAGAGUUCUUCCGCUUCAUUCUGGUGCUGGUGCUCUUCAACCUUGCCGCUGCCAACAUUUGUCUCUUCAUCGGCAUUAUCUUCCGUGAUGGAGGAGUGGCCAAUCUGAUUGGAAGUCUUGUGAUGCUGUUCAGUCUUCUCUUUGCUGGUCUGCUGCUCAACCACGACGCGAUUCCCAAGUCUGCUCUGUGGUUACAAACCCUUUCGAUUUUCCACUAUGGCUUCGAGGCAUUGAUUGUCAAUGAAGUGACGUACCUGACCUUGAUUGAUCAUAAAUAUGGUCUAGAUAUUGAAGUCCCAGGCGCGUCCAUUCUGAGUGCUUUCGGCUUUGAUACUCUGGCCUUGUGGAAGGAUGUUAUUGGACUAGCCAUCGUCUCCGGUGCUUUCAUCGUGAUUGCCUAUGGAGCGAUGCAUAUUCUCCUUGUUGAGAAGCGGUGACGGCAGCAUCAUUUCCCCCUUAGACGAGUACCUCUGUAUGUGCCGUACUUGGUCGCGUUAUCUCUGCCUGAAGAGAUUUGUUUUUUGAAUAUCUUUUAAUGUUGUGUACUUUUUUGUGACGGGAAAUGCUGAUGAGAUAUUACUUUCUUAUGCUAUCUUUCUUUGUUCAGCCACGAGUUCUGUCAUGUUAACGACCGGUGUAUUGUAUAUAGAUGGAGAAUGGUCACUUGGGAUGAAUGGAUCUACACUCACGGGUACUGACAGUAACAAG